AUGGCGCCUAUGUACGCCAAUGCCUAUAUGUUCCAAUACGAACAACAGAAUAUUUUAUCUGAAUAUGGACACCUAAUCAAAGGUUACUAUCAUUAUAUUGAUGAUAAUCUCAUUGUGUGGCAAGGCAUGGAACAGCAGGCAUUGGAUAUGAUCCAGACCAUUAAUAAUCUUCGCUCACCAGUAUGGAUGACUUCAAACAUUAGCUAUGACUGGGUCUACUACCUAGAUCUUGAGAUCUCUGUCAACAAUG